AGCUUUAUAUGAUAUCAUUUUUUCUGCAAUAGGGAAUUUUUCUCGCAACUCUAAUUUCAAUCUCGAAUUGAAAAUCACAUUGACAUUGUAAAACUAAAUACUAUAGUGAGUGAUAUAAUUUUAUUGAUUACGACAAAAUGCCUCCAAUUAAAACGAAAAAGCGGAAAGUUUCUAAGAAAACAAAAAAAGCAUGGCGUAAAUAUACAGAUACAAAAGAUGUUGAAAAAUUUUUGGAAAAUUCACAAUUAGAAGAAAGGUUAGGUUCUUUUGCUAUUCACAAGGAUUCAGAAUUGUUCAGUAUUUCUACAGCGCCUGAAAUACUUUCAAAGCAAAAACGUCGAGAACUAUUAAAAUUGAAAGAACCACGAUGUUUUAACAUUUUAAAAUCUCAUACAGCCGUUCCAGAUCCAAUAACAAAAAGAAACCGUGUAAGAACUAAAGAUGAAAGAAAAAAUGCAUUAGUUUUAAAAAAAGAAGCUAUCAGAAAGUCUCAAAAUAUUUUGACAUUAAAAGAAAAAUUAAGAUUGAAAAAUAAAAUGAUUGGCAAAAAAAAAUUAAAUAAACCAAAAAGAGAUGAGUUUAAUACAAAUAUAUGGAAAGAAAAAAUUACAAAAGACAUUGACACUGAUUGGAUGUCUUCGGAUACAAUCAGACAUACAUUAACACAUUUUGGAAUAAAAAAAAAGAGAAUACCUUCUUCUUUGUACAAAAAACCUUCUAAUAUUCCAGCAGUUGAAAGUCCUCAUCCAGGUACAUCCUAUAAUCCUUCAUUUGAAGAUCAUCAAAAGUUAUUAAAUGAAGUGGCUCAAAGAAUGGAACUUAUAAAAGAAGAAGAACAUCUAAACAGAGUUACCACAAAAAUGUUCAAAAAAGUUUCACCUGAAGAAAAAGAAAAUAACUUGAUAAAAGAAAUGUCAGAAGGUCUCAAAUUAGAAGAUAAUCAAGAUUUUAAUGAAGAUGAAGAUAAUGAUCCAAUAGUAAAAUCUGUAAAUCCACCUGUUAAAAAUCAAAAAAAAACUCGUGUGCAAAGACGUAAACAAAAAGAACAGAAAAAUUUGAUACAUAAAAAGCAACAAGAGAAAGUAGAGAAAAAAAAAAUUUCAGAUAUAUAUAAAUUAAGAUUAUUAGAUAAACAAUUAGCUGCUAAAGAAAAAAAAGAGAAAGUAUUACAAGAAAAGAGAUUAAAAAAGAAAAUACUUAAAACAAUGGGCACUAAAACUCUCAGUAAAAUUAAAUUUGAACCUUUAGAACUUGAUUUUAAAUUAAGUUCAGAAUUAACUGGAAAUUUGCGGAAUUCUGAACCAAGUGGUAAUCUAUUGAAAGAUAGAUUCAAAUCUCUUCAACAGAGAAAUAUCAUUGCUCCUGCUAAUAUCAGAUUGUAAGUAUAAAAUACUUUAUAAUGAAUUUAUAGAAAAUCAUAUAAAAUUAUAUGAUUUUAUUUAUAUA